UAUAAAUGUGUAUUAUUAAGUGUGUGUGUGUUGCACUGGGAACUACAACUCCCAGCAUUCAAAGACAAACGUCAUCAGUUCCGAAAUAGAGUCAACCACGUGACCUACACAAAACACCGCACAUGUAAACACGGCAGCUUUCUUGCUUUUAGAAUCAAUAUUUACUUUAGGUUUUCUACUGUCGACCCAUUGUAAAGAAAACAGAAAUGCAGGUCGAAACAGCACGACCUUAUUUUUUCGGUGACAUCGGUUUCUGGGCAGAGAGGACGGAGGUUCAUAAAGCUGCGUAUCAGGGUCAGGUGUCUGUGCUGCAAGGUUUGAUUCAGAAUGGAGCUUCAGUGAAUAUUGUGGCUGUAGACUCCAUCACACCCCUCCACGAGGCUGCCACACGGGGACAGACGCAGUGUGUGAGACUGCUGCUGGACGCGGGGGCACAGGUGGACGCAAGGAACGUUGACGGCAGCACCCCGCUGUGUGAGGCGUGCUCUAUUGGGAACUUUGAGUGUGUGAGUCUCCUUUUAGAUUAUGGAGCAAAAGUCAACCCCGCUCUUACUUCCCGGACCACCUCGCCUCUACACGAGGCCUGUAUGGGAGGUAAUGAAGAUUGUGUUAAGUUAGUGAUCUCUAAAGGAGCAAGUCUUGAGGCGUAUGAUCUGUACUACGGUACACCACUACAUGUGGCAUGUGCCAACCAGCACCUGGAGUGCGUCAAGGUGCUACUGAAUGCAGGUGCGCAAGUGAACACCACGAGGUUGCACGAGACGGCCCUGCAUCAUGCUGCUAAGGCCAAUAGCCUGGAGAUGAUCGAGGUGCUUGUGGAGUUUGGGGCUAACAUUUAUGCCCGAGACAAACACGAUCAGAAGCCAGUCAACUAUACGAAGCCGGGUACGCCCGCAGGACGCUGUCUUCAGUAUUGUGAAUGCAACCCAUUAUCUCUGCAGCAGCUCAGCCGUAUCGCAUUGAGGACUGUGCUGGGUACGAGAGCUGUGGACGUGGUCACCAAACUAGAUAUUCCAAACCGGAUUAUCAGUUAUCUCUUAUACCACUGAAAUCCCUCCCUAAGAUAUGGACAUCUGAAAGACGUCAUUACCUCAAAUGCACAAAAACUCCUAUUACAAGUAUUAGUUAGAUUAUUAUCAGCAUUAAAGCUGAAGUGUGACAUUUUUUUUUCAAAGUUGCUUAAUGUAAUGUAAGCAAGCCAUUCAUAGGUUGACUUACCAAACCUGUGCAUGAGAUUUAAGCACGGAUGGAUCUACCUGUUAGAUGGCAAAUAUGUGCAAUGUGGUCCGGCUAGCAUUUUCAAAUAUUACACGCAUGGGUGAUUCUCACGAAAACUUGGUUUUAAAAAUGUCAAGCAUGAAAAUGUAAAAAUUGCUUAAAUUUACUUUUUUUCCCACCAGACAUUGAAAAACAAAGUCUGGAGUAAAUGGGAACAUUAAUUUAAAAACUUUUACUUAUCAUUUAACACUUUUUGUAACAUAAUUUAAAAAAUUAGUCCUAAAAAAUCUCAUUACCGCAACAGUCAGAAAACAUCAACACUGACAUAUUUUCAAAUUGACAUGACAAACCUGAAAGAACAUAAUUUGGAGAUUCUGCACAUGCAUUUAAAAUCAAAGUAUUAUGCUUCUAUUAAUUAAAUUAACAUUUAAUAAGCAUCUGUUGCGGUAAUGAUAAUCAAAAUGUCGUGUAAGCAUUCUGACAAGACAAUAUUUCAAAUUAACUGUAAAAAAUGAUCUUACCUGGUAGCCAUCUUGAAGUAACUGGUCCAUGUGCUUGGUCACUCAAAAUCAAACUUUAUUAAAAUUCUGUAUGUGUGCUAAAAAGUGUUGCAGAGGAUGAGAACAUCAGGCAUGGACACAUCAUUUUCCUAAUUUUUCUUUAUUAUUAUUAUACAUGAAUAUUCAGUAAAUAUUUUUUCUGUCAUCUAAAGUAGUCUAGCAAAACAUCCAUUUAUUUUUUUUCUUAAUAUUUUUGUGUUAAUUUGAUUAAAUUACAACAUAACGCAUGUUCAAACACAGCCGGACACAUUGCGGUAAUGAGAAUUUCAGCAGAAAAUGAGAUAAAAUUUACAAUUAUAAAUUCUUAUGUUGAAAUCACACAUUGUGCAAGGUAGAACACAGUAUUGUGUUAAUUCUGAUGCUUUUUAAUGUUACUAUAUUAUACAUUUUAAAGCUAAAAUCAUUAGUGCCGUUGUGUUUCAAUGGUUUCGUGAGAAUCACCCGCAUACUGUCCAAGCACAGUAGACUAAAUAGUAAGCAUUACAUGUCAUGCAUUCGACUGAUGUCUUUUAUAGCACUUCUGGACAGAGCUGUGAAAUAUGUUAUCUUAAUGCAUCGUAACUAAGAUGAAUAUAAAAAAGCACUUAAGAUGAUGAAAAGGCACUCAACUGAUCUGUUAUAAUAAAUCUUAAAUGCAAAUUUA